AUGGAUGCCACUUGCAACGACAAUGCAUCGCGGACUCUGAGCCAGGAAGACCAAGAAAAUUUCAUCGAGAUUCAUCCCGAGGCUCACGAUCCUACCACCUCUCCGGCCCCAACCAUCGCGUCACGACCUCCCUCGAUCUCUGUAAAUCCGAUCCGCUUCCGACAUCCACAUUAUCCUGAUUCAAGUAACGUGCUCCUCACUCUCUUUGCGCCAGACAGUGCAGCUGGAGGCAUUGAAUACGGCGUUGCGCAUGCUGCUUGUGGUGUGAUUAGUGGCAACAGAUGGAAUGGCUGGUUUACUGCCAAAGCUGAUGGACUAACUAUAACUCUCACAUACGGCGAUAUUCUCUGCGAACGCGACUACUACUUCCACCUCCCCGAAUCUUCCCUCGAAGCUCCAUAUGCCAUUGUCCCGACCUUCAAAGAAUGGGCAUUUCCCCAUGAAAAGCUCCAUCCAUGCAUGCUGGCAAGCAAAUCAAGACCACAUACCCUGUGCACAGAGCAGAUUCGCCACGCCAUCAUCUCUCAGCGCGGCAGUUUUUAA